AGAAGAAGCAAAUAGUCCAGUUGUUGGGUUACGUUUAUCUUUGCCUUGUAAAGAAAACGUCAAAAAAGUGCGAAAUACAGCGAAUUUUCUGGCGAAAAUUGUUGAAACCCCUAUUUCAACAUAUACCGGUGCUACAGUCGAUUAGUAAAAUAGUUGGUCUUUGUGCGAACUAACUAAAAAUUGCAUUUAAAAAAUUUGCGCGUUCACGGUUCGUUCAGCGUGGCGUGUGUAUGUAUAUAUGUGUGCGUAAUAUACCUGCUAGUUGGUUUGAUUCGCUGUCUCAGUGCGCAAGGAGAGCAAGAGAGAACUCGCUACUUUGAAGCGAAGCGUUGCAACUGAACGAAAACAUUGCAAAAUACAAAUAAUUGUAUUUUGUAAGCAAUAUUAAUAUCAAUACCGAUAUCAUAAUGUCCGACGAGACCAGCAUACAGAAACCGGAAGCAGAGGCCGUUGCCGAGGCGAAGGCCAACAACGAUGAAGAUGCAUCAAUUCAACCGGCGGCAGAUGAGAAGAAGACACCCAAACGCACGCCCAAGCGUCGCUCCUUCAUUGAGCGGGCUCAGCGCGAGAGUGAAGAGCUGGUGCGGACAAUGGGUGGCAGCUUGGAGCUGGAAGGUGGACGACGCACUCGAUCCAGUACUCGUGGUACACCAACGCGACCCGCCGAAACCGUAACGCCGCCACCGAGCAAAAAGGCGCGCACAUCCCCAGCGACGACUAAGAGCGGCGGACGGGGACGCGGAGCACGCAAAUUGGAUAUAGCCGGCGGUGAGGAAGUUGAGCAAGAGACUGCUAAAUCCAAGUCAGUCAUAGCGGACGAGCAGGAAGAGCCGGUGCAGGCAAGCGAAGCUGUUAAGUCAAAUGUUGCUGCAAAGAAAGGAAAGAAAGAAGAGAAGGUUCAAAAGGCUAAGGAAGCUGAUGUAAAGGAGACGGUAGAUACCAAGAGCAAAGACGAUUCUGAACCUAAAGACACGGAAUCAAAAGUAACUGCGUCCCAAGCCACAGAAUCAACGGAUCAGCCAGACUCUGCUGCCCAAGUGCCUGCAGCGCAAGAUAAAAAACAAAACAAUGUUGUUCACGAUAAAUCAAAUACAAAGGAGCCUGAAGUGAAGGAGAAAACGCCCGAGCCAUUGGCAAAGCCGGAGGAACCAGCUGAACCAGUUGAAAGCCCACAGAAAAGUGAUGCUGCUGCCCCAGAUUCUGCCUCAGCAAUGGAAGUGGAUGACGAAGAAAAACAGCAGCCAAUCACAGAACAGCCUGCCGCAGAUACUACAUCUUCCGAUACUGCUGUUAUUACAGAAACAAUUGACGGAAAGAAUGAAUCAAAAGUCGCCCAGGAAAAGGUGAGCAGUGAGGAACCGAAAGUAGAAACCUCUGAACCCGUCAAGCAGCAGACACCGGAACCCAUGGAGGUAGAUUCGAGUUCGAAAGCUAGCACUGAAACCACCAAGACCGUAUCACCCGUUAAAGAGGUUGUGCCAGUAGCAGCUGCCGCCGCAGCCGUCGAGUCUGAAUCAGAUCAGACGACAGUAAGUAAUAACGAAGUCGUUGAAUCGGCUAUCGAAGUCAAAGAGGAUGCACCAGUCGUACCGGAGAAGGAGGUAAAUGCUAGCGAAGUCGAGAGCACACCAGCAGAGAACAGUACAACUAAAGCUGAUGAAGCACCUGCCAACAAUGAUGUAAGCAAACUGUCUGUGCCGGUUGCCCAAGCCGAUACCGUCGUAACGGAGACACCGCCAACGGCCGUUAAGGAGCCGCAGGCCAACUGUGAAAACAAGUCCGAGCACAAUGACAAUGGCGAACCGAAGAUCGUUAACAAUGCCACCGACGAUGGGGAAAACCAUGUAACGCCGCAGGCUUGCAAUUAAGCAGAAGCAAUAUUAUAAUAAUGAUGAUGAUAAUGAAAACCAAUAACUAUAGCUCGUGCCGAAAGUGUACAAGUGUAACUUCGAAUCGAUUCGACAAGUUGCCGCCAACAAAUAAGCAAAUAACAAGAGUUUUACCCAAAAACGGGCAUGCAUAGGUUUAAUUCUGUUUCCAUUGUCAAGUUUUCUUUUUAUUCUCAAACCACAAAAUGGUACGAUUGCAAUUCACUAACCAUCUUCCAGUCUUUGGCUUAAUUAUUUUAUGUCUUAGGCUGUAAUCGAUGCUGGAUUUUAAAUGCUGAUCUGUGUGCGCAAUAUAUAGUAACAAACACAUACAGCAAAUAGAAACUAAAACGUAGAUCUAACCCGCCAACA